GAAUAUGUACCAUGCCAUGUUCGGAUGGAUGUAAAAUCACCACCACAUUUAAUAUCGGACGCAUGCUGGAGAAAGUGGAAAAGAAAGUGAAACUGGAGUAGAACCGGGAAGGGAACCGCCUUUGACCUACUAAAACAAAAGAAGAAAGUCAACUUUCACUCGAAAUUAGAUCAUAAUUUUCACUCAAAAUGUGCGCAAAUAUUCAUCUCCUCGACUUCUCCGUGGAUCCAGCCCAUCUCACCGGAGAAGGCCAGGCUAAACUGGAGAAAGAAGUCGUGGCUGCAAUAACGACGCAACUCGAGACCACGAAGGAGGGCAAAGAACAAGAACCGUUUCCAGAAUUGGAGAAAGUUUUAAGCAAACAACUUUCUCCGUUGGGAGAUUAUCUCGCCAUUUAUGCCGGACCGAGGAACAGUGUCAUUUCGAUAAGAUCUUAUCCCACCGGACUUUUAACUGUGAAUGUGGAAUACUAUUUGCAAGAUGGGGACAAACCUUUGCUGACGUUAGAGAAUAUUAAGGCGUUGGAAAUGUAUUUCGGUGGCAAAUCGAAGGAAAUCGAUCCAGUGAAAGCAUUUCGCGUCAAGACAUUCCCCCCGGUCAAAAGAGGGGCUAAGGUUGAUGUGUAUAUGACGACGACAGAUGAGCGGCUUAUGGAGUAUGACGUCGAUAAGAUCAUCUUUGACCAGAAGUCACCCUUCCAACACGUCCAAAUUCUACAUUCUCUCACCUUUGGGAAUAUGUUGGUUCUCGACGAUUUGCAAAAUCUGGCCGAGUCUGACCUAAUUUACACGGAAUCCAUAAUGUGUCGUGGUACGGAAGAUUACAAAGACAAAGAAAUCCUCAUCCUGGGAGGAGGCGAUGGUGCUCUUUUGUACGAAUUGAGGAAAGAAAACCCGAAAUUCGUCACAAUGAUUGAGAUUGACGAUCUUGUAAUGCAAGUUUGUAAAAUUCAUUUACGAUCUGCCUGUGGUAAUACGUUGGACAAUUAUAAAGGAUCGAACUAUGAGAUUAUCGUUGGCGAUUGUGUCGAAUAUAUGAAAAAUUGUGGAAAAGAGGGGAAAAAAUUUGACUACGUUUUCGCUGACUUGACCGAUAUUCCCAUCUCGCCAACUCCACAGGGUGAAAUUUGGGACUUUAUCCGCCUCAUUUUAAACCUUUCGUUCUCCGUUAUGAAACCGGAUGGGCGAUAUAUGACCCACGGGAACGGAUCCUCGUCGCCAAGUGCGUUAAAAAUGUUUGAAGAAGUCUUGGACCGCUUGGAAGACCCCGUUGAAUGGAGUCGCACGCACAAUUUCGUCCCCUCCUUCAUGGAAGAUUGGGUUUUUUACCAAAUUCAGAGGAAACAAUCGUCCCCAUCAUCCUAGCGGUUGGCCGAAUAUUUUGCAAAAAUUAUGACACCACCAAGUUGGACUUCUUCUUUCACGUAAUAUUUUACUCGUGUUUUUAUAGAAUACUGAAUUGAAUUUGUGUGUAUUGUAUUUAUUACUAUUAAUUUGUGCAAACAUAAAAUGACAUUUGUAGCAAUAAAUCUGCGACAUGUGCAAAUAUUUACACAAAUAUGUAUCUGCUGUAAUAUGCACGUAUCGAACGAUAUAAUAAAAUGAGAGUGAUACAAUUUCCGAAUA